UUGCAAAGGGGCCCAAGUAGGUCUUGAAUCUCCUUGCUUGACAGCAGAGAAGUACUAAAAGUCAGUCCAAGUCCAGUCGUUGCCGUUUCAACAUCCCACAUUUCACACCUCUGUGUCGAUUCCUCCUUUAAAAAACAUAACCAUGUGCGGCGGCUGGGCCUGUGCCUCUUACGAUUUGGCCUGCAAUAAUCCACCUUUGUCCACGAUACGCUUCACGGGCCGGGACUUCAUUCCCACUCCCUGUGGACCCAAUGACAAUUGUUAUGCCAAGGACACGAGCCGCAAGAACAGCAACAAUUGCUACGUGCCGCACACCCUGGCUCCGCUGGAAUCGCAGAUCUGCACUGGAGGAGCGACUCAGAAUAAGGCGCAAAAGAAGACUGGAAAGUGACGAUAUGUUCCCCGACGACUGCUUGAAUGACUAAAUAAAUUAUAGUGGCACAA